CCGCCGUCGGUCAAAAGCUGCAGUUUCUCCUCUCCUCGCACGAUCACGGCUUUCACGUUCUGCAGUCUCUGACACCAGGCAUAUCAAUCAUCCACUCGAAUUCUUGUUGUCUCGCGAAUUUGAUUCCUUUCAGUGAAAUUCGUUUUCCCCUCGUGCGUGCUCUGGAGCCCUCGAGCCCGGACCCUCCAUUGAGUCAUUAUCGCCCUGCCAUGAUCAUCUCUUGACAGCGCAGAUGCAGCCUCCGGAAGGUGUGCAGGUCGACCUGGGCAAGGCCCAGGUCAUCGAUCGUGUCCCUAAAGUGAUCAACGAGUUGAAAUUUGGUGUUCUGUCCAACGAUGAUAUUGUCAGUCAAGGUGUGGUGGAAGUAUCUGAUCGAAAAUUCUUUAACCUCGAAAACGACCGAUCUGUGGUUCCUCAUGGCCCCCUCGACGGACGCAUGGGUAUAUCCAGCAAAUCGGCAACCUGUCAGACAUGUGGUGGCUCUUUGCAGGUCUGCAACGGCCACUUCGGCCACGUGAGGCUUGUCCUUCCCGCCUUUCAUGUGGGUUAUUUUAAGCGGGUUAUCAGUAUCCUCCAGGAAAUUUGCAAGGAGUGUUCGCAUAUUUUGCUGCCAGAGGGAGAGCGCCGUGCUUUUCUUCGUGAAAUGCGUCGCCCGCGACUGGAUAAUUUGCGCCGGAUGCAGAUCGCCAAACGGAUCAAUGAUCGCUGCCGCAAAACCCGGAACUGUGAAGUUUGUGGUGCCGUCAACGGUGUAGUGAAGAAGGCUGGGUCGAGCGCUUUGAAGAUUACGCACGACAAGUUUCGCGCCUUUAACUCCUCUACGUCAGCGAAGAAGGUCCCACCACCCAGCAAGAUCGUUUUCGAUAGGUCGUUUGACGAAGCGAGGAGCUCAAAUGCGGAGGUUGAGAAGCAUUACAAGAAGGCCCAGGACGAUCUGAAUGCCUUGCGCGUUUUGAACCUGUUUAAGCGUAUCUCGGAUAGCGAUUGCGAGUUGUUGGGUCUGGAUCCUAAGGAGGCUAGACCGGAGAUGUUCCUUUGGCAGUUCAUUCCUGCUCCACCCGUCUGUAUUCGUCCUUCAGUGGGCCAAGAUGCAGCUUCGACUGAAGAUGAUCUGACUGCCAAGCUGGGCGACAUUGUUCAGAGUAAUUUAAACCUCAAGGCCGCCUUGUUGAAAGGCGCCCCAGUACAGACGAUAAUGGAAUGUUGGGACUACAUGCAGCUUCAAAUUGCCGUUUACAUUAACAGUGACGUUCCAGGUCUCAACAAGGCAGACCUUGGAAAGCCCAUUCGAGGAUUUGUGCAGCGCCUGAAGGGAAAGCAGGGACGAUUCCGUGGUAACUUGUCCGGAAAGCGUGUCGACUUUUCGGGUCGAACUGUUAUUUCUCCUGAUCCUAACCUGCGAGUCGAUGAAGUCGCUGUGCCUGAACUUGUGGCUAAGAACAUGACUUACCCCGAGGUAGUCACCAGAUAUAACAAAGAAAAACUACAGCAGAGAGUCCGCAAUGGAACCAAGAAAUGGCCCGGUGCGAACUAUAUCAUCAAGAAAGGUAACCCGCUGAAAGUUUUCCUGAAGUACGGUAAUCUCAAGUUUAUUGCGGACCAGCUGCAAGAAGGAGAUGUAGUUGAACGCCAUAUCGAAGACGGCGAUAUCGUCCUUUUCAACCGCCAGCCUUCUCUUCACAAACUCAGUAUUCUCUCCCACUUUGCCAAAGUGCGUCCUCACCGAACGUUCCGACUGAACGAAUGUGUGUGUAACCCCUACAAUGCGGAUUUCGAUGGCGAUGAAAUGAACCUCCAUGUGCCUCAAACGGAAGAGGCAAGGGCGGAAGCUAUGGAAUUGAUGGGUGUGAAGAACAACUUGGCAACGCCGAAGAACGGCGAACCCAUUAUUUCUGCUAUCCAGGAUUUCAUCAGUGCAGCCUACAUCCUCAGCAGCAAGGAUAAUUUCUUCGACCGGCGCUCCUUUACACAAAUUUGUCUCUACAUGCUUGGCCCCCAGACCCGUUUCGACCUCCCACCACCUUCGGUGCUCAAACCGCAAAUGCUGUGGACCGGAAAGCAGGUUUUCAAUAUUUUGAUGCGCCCCAAUAAGGAUGAUCCUGUCAUGGUUAACCUGGAUGCUGCUUGCAGAGAGUUCAAGCAGCCCAAGGGAUACCCGAAAGACUUGGAUCCUAAUGAUGCCUGGCUCGUUAUUCGUAACUCCGAAAUGAUGUGUGGUGUGAUGGACAAGUCGACAAUUGGUUCGGGAAAAAAGGAUAAUGUGUACUAUAUUAUGCUUCGUGACUUUGGUCCUGCCGCUGCGGCGGAGGGCAUGAAUCGUUUGUCCAGGCUGUCCGCACGUUGGUUCACAAACAUGGGUUUCUCCAUUGGAAUUACAGAUGUUUACCCGAGUGAAAGGCUUAUCCGCUCAAAGAACGACCUUGUUGAAACUGCAUAUGCCCAGUGUGACGAAGUCAUUGCCAAGUACAAGGCCGGAACGCUUGAGAAGUACCCUGGAUGCGACGAACUGCAGACCAUGGAGAACCAGCUCUCUGGAAUUCUGAGUAAGGUCCGUCAGCAGGCCGGUGACGAAUGUAUCGCCCAGUUGAGCAAGUACAACUCUCCUCUAAUCAUGGCUACGUCUGGAUCCAAGGGUUCCAGUAUCAACGUGUCUCAGAUGGUUGCCCUCGUGGGUCAACAAAUUAUUGGUGGUCAGCGUGUGCAGGAUGGAUUCCAGGACCGAACCUUGCCUCAUUUCCCCAAGAACGCUCGUCAGCCCCCUUCUAAGGGGUUCGUUCGUAACAGUUUCUUCUCGGGUCUUACUCCAACUGAAUUCAUCUUCCACGCCAUGUCCGGUCGUGAAGGUCUGGUUGAUACUGCCGUCAAGACUGCCGAGACUGGUUACAUGUCUCGUCGGCUGAUGAAGUCUCUGGAGGAUCUCUCCACUGGGUACGAUGAUACCGUCCGGAACUCGUCCCAAAACAUUGUCCAAUUCCAAUACGGUGACGAUAAGCUGGACCCCGUGGACAUGGAGGGUAAGGCCAAGCCAGUGCACUUCGACCGAACCUUCAUUCACUCGGAGUCUACGACGUACGACAACGACGAGCGAAGUCUGUCCCCGGCUGAGAUCAUGGAAGUUUGCGAGCAAAUGCUGUGCAAGGAGCGGGCUAAACUAGUGCGCAAAGAUUUGAUGGGGCUUGAACUCGGCUAUAUGGACCGCAGCGAUUAUGGAGUCGAUCAAUUCGAGAGUGCUCGUGAUUUCCUCGAGUCGAUCCAGCAAUACGUCGGAAGCAAGGCGGAGAAGUUAAUCUCUCGAGGAGGUGAUAGCGAUCCUUCGGACGAGAGAACUCUGAAGGGUUUGAACCACACGGGGAAGUUGACCGAAAAGACGCUUCGAACGUUCAUUACUGAGUGUUUGAUGAAGUACAAAAGAGCCCAGGUCGAGCCAGGCCAUGCAGUUGGUGCAGUCGGUGCACAGUCCAUUGGUGAACCCGGAACCCAGAUGACGCUUAAAACUUUCCACUUUGCUGGUGUUGCUGGUAUGAGUAUCACACAGGGUGUUCCCCGUAUUAAGGAAAUCAUCAACGCCUCUAAGGAGAUCAGUACUCCUGUCAUUGCCUGCGAACUGGUCGACAAGCGGAACGUAGCAACCGCGCGAAUCGUCAAGGGCAGAAUUGAAAAGACGUACUUGCGUGAUAUCAUUCACUAUGUACGGGAAACCUGGACCGGGAAAGAGGCGUACAUCACCGUCAAAAUCAACCGAAAGACCAUCAGCGACUUGCAGCUUGAGCUGACGACAUCUACAAUUGUGAGAGCGAUCAGAAACAGUAAACGUUUCAAGGGGGACGAUCUGAGAAUCAUCGCUAAACGCUCACACAUCGAUAUUUUCAUGGAUUUGGACCCCGCGAGCAAAGAAAAACUAUCAAAGACGGAGAUCGCUGCUACAAGCUCUGAUCCUUUCCUUCGCCUCAAGCAUCUUAAGCGCAUGGUUCCCGACAUCCAGGUGCUUGGUCACGCACAAGCUAGCCGAGCCAUCAUUCGUACUGACGAAAAAUCCGAGGCCAACACUCUUCUUGUCGAAGGUUACGGGCUAAGGCAGUGUAUGAACACGGCUGGUGUUGACGGCCUCCGCACCUCCACCAACAACGUGAUGGAGAUGCGUGAUGUGUUAGGAAUCGAAGCCGCCCGUACGACCAUUGUUCGGGAAAUUAGUGAAGUCAUGAAGGACAUGGACAUUGAUCCCCGACACAUGCAGCUCCUUGCUGAUGUGAUGACGUACAAGGGCGAAGUACUCGGAAUUACCCGCUUUGGUCUCGCGAAGAUGCGUGAUUCGGUUCUGCAGCUGGCUUCGUUCGAGAAAACCGCAGACCAUCUGUUCGAUGCGGGUGGAGCAGGUCGUACGGACCUUAUUGAGGGUGUUUCCGAGUGUAUCAUUAUGGGCAAGACUGUCUCUCUCGGUACUGGUGCCAUGGAAGUCGUGCGCGAGAUGAAGUUCUUCGAGGGUCAAAUCGGAGCGAAGAAGACAGUCUUUGAAGACUCGUGGAACCAGGUCCAUGGCGAGAAGAAGACCAAAUCUAAAAGAAGAGCGUAAUUGGCCGCGUUUGUCUGCGAACUAGGGCUUUGUCAAAGGGUAGCAUUAAUGGCGUUUGAGAGUGCAUUUGAUUUGAUUCAUGUAUAAUCACUUAUGUAUGAUGCGAUAUGUUUUCAGCGAUAUGCGCAGGGUGGACCUCUCUGUAUUUACACAGAAAAGCUAUGAAAAUAAAUUAUCU